AUGGACCUCGUGGAGUUGUUGGAAAGAGACCGUCCGGGUCUCGAUGUUCACCAACCGUACCUAGAACGGCUCAAGACUUUACCACAAAGCCUUAUUCCAAAUGAAAUGAGCCACCUGGAGGACGGGUUGCAAGCCAUCCAGAAAGCCGUGGAGUCCCUGGGUGCGAGCCACCACGAGGACUUUGUCGCGGCAGCGUCUGGACUCGAUGAGUUGACAGGGCUCAUUGGGGAACUAGAAUCAUUGGCUGAGCAGACAAGAGAAAAGAGUCACAAAGUCCUUCUCCCCCCUCACCGUGCGUAUACAUCUACAGAGCAUGUUUUAGCUAUUGAACUGGCCCUCUAUCACCAGAUAGACAAGAUUCAGGAGAUCCUCGAGCUGCCGCAGUUAGCACAAAGCUGCGUAUCACAGGGCCAUUACAGCGCAGCAUUGGACAUUGUCGCAUUCGCCGGUCGGCUGAAAACGCGGUUUCCCGAUAUCAAAUCGAUCACAACGUUGGUGGACGAAGUCGACAAAUCAACCGGAGCUAUGCUGAAUAUUCUCAUCCGGCUGUUGACGGAGACAUCGCAUUUGCCGGCCUUGAUCAAGGCUGUUGGGUUUCUGAGACGUAUCGAUCCAUUCAAAAGCGCCAAAAAUGCCACCAAGCAACUCCAGUAUGUGUUUCUAGCCGCCCGCAAAGAGUAUUUAUUUACCCAGUGGUCUACUUUGGAUGCUGUGAAGUCUACUCCACAUCUCUAUCUCAAACGCUAUGUGGAGAUGUUCCGUGAACACGUCUUUGCUACUAUCACAUCUUUUAGUGCAGUGUUUGGCCAGACAACGCUGCAGGUAUCCGAAUUUGUUAGAGACAUUGUCAUGAUCCAUAUGGCCAGUACCCUGGAAGAUAUGGCCCCUGCGCUGUCAUCGACGGACCGGAGUAGCUUAUGGUUACAAUUGGCGUACUGCUCGCACUCAUUUGGCCGGGUGGGUGCAGAAUUCUGGCCGCUUCUCAAAACCGCGGCACCAGUCGACGAAUGGAAGCAGGCGUUCACCAACCAACAGGAAAUGGCCCGGACCGCGGCAAAAACAUCAGGAAGUAGAUGA